UCAGCGUUAUUUGCGUGUUAGCUGUUGAAUAUAAGCUUUUAUGCACUGGUUAACUAACAGCUAAUUAAAUAUGUAUAUCUCGGACACGAAAUCAUAUUCUUGAUAAAUUAAUUUUUAACGCGUUUUUCCCGGAAAUCAAAGCUUGCAUAUAUUACCCAACAAAUGAUACUUUUAUAAAAAAUAAUCACAUGGAUGAAACACCGACAGAUCCAAGCGUGAAGCAUCCAAGAACUACCCAGGAAAUUUCUCGUGAACAGCUUAUUUUACUUUGAUGCAGAGAAUGAACAUCAUUGUAAUAUUGCAAGUUAAUAAUCAAGAAAGUCAGUUACCUAUAUAGUGCAGCAGUUUCAUGUUCUACGAGGUAUGUUGAAAAUAAUUUAGAAAGGAGCAGUAUUUUUAAAAGAAAUCAUGCAUAUCCAUACAGAAGUAAAACCAGAUCAGUCUGAGAUUUCUAGCAAAUCAUUAAACCAAAAGAGUGAUUUAAAGUCGCACAGUCUUAUAUACACAGGAGGAAAUGUGCGUGAAGUAUGUGAAAAGGCUAAUUUAAUCAAGCAUAUACACACAGGAGAGAAACCUUAUGUGUGUGAAGCAUGUAAGAGGUCAUUUAAUGCAAAGCGUAAUUUAAAGAGUCAUAUGUUUAUUCAUGCAGGAGGGAAACUAAAACCGUAUAUGUGUGAAGUGUGUAAAAAGUCAUUUAUUGAGAAGGGAGUUUUAAAGAGGCAUAUGCUAAUUCAUACAGGAGAGAAACCUUAUGUGUGUGAAGUGUGUAAGAAGUUAUUUAGUGAAAAGGGCAGUUUAAAAAGGCAUAUGCAUAUUCAUACAGGACAGAAACUUCAUAUAUGUGAAGUAUGUAAGAUGUCAUUUGCUAGAAACUCUAAUUUAAAACAACAUUUGCUUAUUCACACAGGAGAGAAACCUUAUGUGUGUGAAGUAUGUAAGAAGUCAUUUAGUCAAAAGGUUAAUUUAACAAAGCAUAUACUCAUUCACACAGGAAAGAAAUGUAAUGUGUGUGAAGUGUGUAAGAAGUCAUUUAGUGAAAAGUAUAGUUUAAAGAGGCAUAUGUUGAUUCAUACAGGACAGAAACCUUAUGUGUGUGAAAUGUGUAAGAAGUCAUUUAGUGAAAAGUGUAGUUUAAAGAGGCAUAUGUUGAUUCAUACAGGAGAGAAACCUUAUGUGUGUGAAGUGUGUAGGAAGUCAUUUAAUGAUAAGAGUACUUUAAAAAAGCAUAUGUUUAUUCACACACAAUCUUAUGUGUGUGAAGUGUGUAAGAAGUCAUGUAAUGGCAAGCGCAAUUUAAACAGGCAUUUGCUCAUUCAUGCAGAAAAGAAACCUCAUCUGUGGGAAGUGUUAAGAAGUCGUUUAAUGGAACGGGUAAUUUAAACAGGGAUAUACUCAUUCAUAUAGGAAGGAAACCUCUUGUAUGUGAAGUGUGUAGAAGGGCAUUUAGUGCAAAGACUAGUUUAAAGACGCAUAUAUGCUCAUUCAUACAGAACAGAAACCUUAUGUGUGUAAAAAGUCAUUUAGAAUAAAGAGCAGAAUUGCC